ACACUAGUAAAGGCUAAAGGGUGAGGAGUUUCGAACGGGUUGUAUUAUGUAUGCCUAAAACCCCGUAUUGACAAACAGUGGUGCAAUAUUUUAUAUAUUAUAUAGAGUUAUGUUGCAUGUCCGGCAACAUAAUACAGCUGUUCUCUCCAUAAUGAAUUGAUCGGAUACAUAACAAAACAGAGAAUGUCAGAACGCAAAGAAAUGCAAUCAACAUCGACAGAACUUCAAACAGAAGUCACCGCGGCAACACAUCCACAGAGCAAGAUGGCAGCACAAGUGACAGACGGGUUAAACCUACGUGUCAGCCCUCGUUCAUCUCCAAAGAAACUUCAGAAAAGAGCCAGUAAGAGAUAUUGGACUGUCCAUUUUUACAGUUCAAAGGAGGCCAUGUCCAAUCUGAGUGGUUUAACAGUGGCUAGUUGUAACCCUACAUCAGAACAUGCAUGGGGGUCCGAGGAGAAGAAUACCGCACAUUGUCACACUUCAGAAGCAGUGACUUAUAACCAAAUCCCUGGAUCAAACUGGAAUCCGGAACAGGAUCUCAAUAUACGGAAUCUGGAACAGGCUCUCAUUGUACAGGUUCCGGACAAAAUGGUCUGUAAUUCCUGCUCGAUGGAGUUUCAAAGUAGACCUGACCAGAAGGAGCACUUUAAAUCAGACUGGCAUCGCUACAAUCUCCAGAGGAGACUGAAAGGAAAGACAACUCUGACAGAGGAUGAAUUUGAGGAUGUUUGUGGGUCAGUCUCCAGCAUCUCCGGCUCAGACUCAAACUCGGAAAAUGAGGAUGCCUUUUCUGUUCCUCCCAUGCUGCCCCGAUCCCUACAACUCCAGAAAGAGGCUCUGGACAGCUGUGACAGUGAGACAGAGACUGGAGGGGCAUCAGAGGGGGAAAUGGGUGGAGCAUCUGACGAUGCUGCAAGGAAAUAUCCAAAGAUAUUCUUUCGUAAUUCGGAAGGCCUGCUGGUGUCUGUGUACAGAUGUGUUGUUCAUCAUAAAAAGGUCAAAGUUCAAAAUCAGUCAGAACUUAUUUCCAUGGUAACCAACAUCACAGGUGAAAUGAAGUGGGCCAUUCUGAUGUGUGGUGGGGGGCAUUUUGCUGGAGCAGUCUUUGAUAGGGAGAAAUUGAUCCUUCACAAGACUUUUCAUCGUUACGUGGUCAGAGCCAAAAGGGGUACAGCACAGGGCACCAGAGACAGUCAGGGAAACGCCCCUAAAUCUGCUGGGGCCAGCAUUAGGAGAUAUAACGAGACAGCUCUGAAGGAGGAUAUAAAGUCGCUAUUGGAAUCAUGGAAAGUAGAUUUAGAAAGCUGCGACAGGAUUUUUAUUCGUGCACCAGGAGGAAACAAAAGAAUAUUCCUGCAUGGAAAAUCCUCGCCCUUUAGUAAGGAGGAUGAAAGGGUCAGAAUGAUCCCAUUCGCUACCCGAAGGCCCACCCUAAAUGAAGUCAGACGAGUGUUUGAAAUGUUGUCCUCCAUUGAAUGUUAUGGGGAUGAAUCUGACAUACAGGAUUUUAUUCCUAUUGCACCACACAUGACCUAUAACCCAGUCCUGGGUCAGCUAGAGGUCACCAAUCAAGAUCCACAAAAGAGCAGACAAAGAAAAUUAUCAGGGGAGAGAAGCAGGGAAGCCUCACCGUUGACUAUAGAUAAAUAUAAACUACAGGAAAAAGUGUUGUUACGGGCACAGCAGUUAAAGCUUAUAGAGGAUGAGAUGCAGAGAGAUGACCUCCCCUUGUCUUCAGAUGGAUCCAUUAGUGAUACUGAAUUGGUGGAAACCAUGGAAAUACAUUCAACACGUGAGCUUCAGGAGUUUGAAGUCACAAGGAGUCCUAAUAGAAAGAACAGGAGACGAAGAUUGUCAAAACAUCAAACAGAACCGGAAUCAGAUCCUUUAGAGGAGGAGAAAUAUCACCUGAAGAAUUCUUUGUUCACGGCUUGUAAAACAGGAGAUGUAGUGACCUUGAGAAAUCUGCUAGCGGUGUUCUUGAGAAGUGUACCAGCUGUAGAAUCACCGGAGAAGAAAUCGGACAAUGCAGAAAAUGAGCAUUCAAGUGACUGCUGUUUGCAACAUGUGCUCGCACAUGAUCGAAAUGGAAGUGGUGAAAUGAGGGAACAAUUUUCUGUGAGAGAUACUGAAUCGGAUUUAACGGGUCAUGAAAGUAAUGCGCAAAACAUGCGUGUAGAUAAGACAGAAAAUAUAAGUGAUACUGAUAUAUCAUACUCACCCAUUCCAUCUGAUGUUAGUGAAAAUUCAUCUGAAAAUCAGAUUCAGAAAGAACAUUUGAAAAAGGCAUAUAGUAAAACAGUGUGUGGAUCAGGAGGCGGCAUAUCUCAGUCAUCAGAACUCUUAUCUCCAGUAGACACUAAUGAGAUGCUGAAUCAACCUAUAGGUGACAAUAGACUAACUUUGUUGCACAUAGCUGCCAAAGAAGGGCAUAACAAAGUCAUCCGGAUUCUUAUGGAUUGCGGUGCUAACCCAGCUACUAGGGAUAAAUUUGGCCAAACUCCAUAUACCUCUGCCAAAGACCGGGAAUCCAGAAAUGAAUUUCGGAAGUUCAUGGGACAGUAUCCUGAGCGAUAUGAUUAUAAAGCAGCUCAGAUUCCAAGUGCACUAACUGAUGAUAUGGAGAAAGGAAGAAAGCAAAAGGCAGCCGAAAAAAAAAAGUUACAAAAGAGAGCCAAGCAAGAGAGGAUGAAAGAAAAAAGAGAAGAAGAUGCCAUAAAGGAAGCAGAGGAAAGAGAGAAGAAGAGAUACCUAGCUCUGUCUGAUCGAGAAAAGCGUGCCCUAGCUGCAGAAAAGAGACUUCUGAAAAAUAUAGAGGAAACAGGCCAGAAAACCCCAGUGUUAAGUCGCUGUUUCCAGUGCGGCUCGGACAUGACCGGCAAAGUUCCAUUUGAAUAUUCGGAUUUCAAGUUCUGUUCCCCUAAAUGUUUAAAACAACACCGAAUGGGAGAGAAGAAGACGUGAUCAAUGCAAUGUUGUGUUUUUAUUUUGGUGCUCAAUGUUUUUCGUAUCACUGAUGGCUAUUGCAAUAAACUGCUAAUCAUCUAUUCAAACAAUGAUAAUAAAUGCAUUAGUACAAUUCUUGUCAAAAUAAAACGCAGCAAACAAAUAAAUUUAAAUUUUUGAUAUGACUUUUAGAUUUUUAUUUUACAUCGUUGGAUUAUUAAGCUGUAUAAACAUUUGAUGAUCCAUAAAUUAAAGAAUAGAUUAAACACUA